AAUGGGACGGGAUCUAAUGAGCCUGUUACAUUUAUCCAUUUCGUUUCAGGGAUCCAAGAUGACAAUUUGCACUCCUGACUCGCUGCCUCCUGCUUUAUCUUAUCUUUCUUCACAUGUGACUGUGCCAAAUGUCUCUGCUGUUUGCAUGACUUCUGUAAACUCUGUUAUUCCCUCUGCUGACCCUUCUACGGCUUUGGCUGAAAUUCCCUCCUCUCUUUGGGCUGAACAGAAGGAUGAGGUAGGCCUGGUUAAUUGUGUUCCUUAUGAAGCUAAGCUGAAACAUCUGCUCCCUGUUUAUGUUAACCAGUAUCCUCUCUCUGAGGAUAAAGUCAAAGGGAUCGAUGUCAUCCUACGGUCUCUCCUUGAACAAGGCGUGGUGAGAGAGUGUAUCAGCCCGUAUAAUACACCUGUCAACCCCGUGCCCAAGCCAGACGGUACCUGGCGUUUUACGCAGGACUUGCGUAAGAUUAAUGAACUAAUUGUUCCUGUAGCACCUAUUGUACCUGACGUUUCCUCUGUAAUAUCACAAGUUCCUGCUGAUCAUUGCUGUUUCUCCGUCAUUGAUCUCUGCUCUGCUUUUUUCAGCGUUCCGGUUGGAGAAAACACACAGCCUUUGUUUGCGUUCACGCACAGACGGAAGCAGUAUACUUGGACACGCCUACCACAAGGGCUCUGUGAUCCUGACCUACGCCGAUGAUCUUCUGAUAUCCGCUGAGUCCCCAGAAAUCUGCCAAGCCGCAUCAUUGCACCUGCUCCAACAUCUGGCAAAAAAGGGUUUCAAGGUUUCCAGAACCAAGCUCCAGUUCUGCAAAGACACUACAAUGGAUCCCUGACUGCUCCUCCUAUGACAAGAUUCUCCGUGCUGCAAUCUCUCCUCAAGACCCACAGCGACAUCCUUUGACCUGGACUGACACUAUGAUUAACGCUUAUCACUCCCUCAAAAGCGCUCUCUGCUCCACCCCAGCUCUGGGUUUACCUGACUACUCCAAGCCCUUUCAUCUCUACUCCUGUGAACAACAAGGUACGGCGUCUGGUGUUUUGGCUCAGGAGCAUGGAGGGGGGAUUCGUCCGUGUGCGUUCUUAUCUAAAACAUUAGACACUGUUGCUCAAGGCUUGCCUGCGUGUCUAAGAGCUGUCGCCGCCUGUGCUAUGAUGGUUUCAGAUGCAGAGAAAUUGGUUUUGUCUCACCCACUGAUCUUGCACUCGUCACAUCAAGUUAAACAGGUAUUGCAAAAUUUGCAGACUCAACAUAUGACUGCACAGCGACGCUCCGGAUAUGAAACCAUUCUCCUUUCUACUGAUAAUCUCGAAAUUCGAGCCGCAUCUUCUAAUACUGUAGGUCACGCUCUCGCACGCCUUCUUAACUCUCAGGACGACACCUUAGAGGACACUGAUCAUGAUUGUCUAUCUGAAAUCUUGCAUACUACCAGUAUCAGGCCUGAUCUUUCCUCCAGCCCUCUAGAGACUGGGGAAGUAAUCUUUGUUGAUGGCUCUUGUUCUAAACCUUCAGAUAAUGUUUUCCUCUGUGGCUAUUCUGUGUGUUCCCUGCCUGACAUUGUACACGAGGCCUAUGCUCUCCCGUUCUCUUCCGCUCAGGCAGCCGAAUUGUAUGCACUAAUGCGUGCCUGUAUUUUGUUUCAGGGCAAGGACGUCACCAUCUAUACAGACUCUCGUUAUGCCUUUGGGGUGGCUCAUGAUUUUGGGAAGAUUUGGCAGUCACGGGGCUUCCACGCAGCAGAUGGGAAGCCCAUUUCACACUCAACCUUAGUACAAAAUCUUAUUGAUUCUUGUCAUCUCCCUAGGUCACUCGCUAUAGUCAAGACUAAGGCGCAUGCCUCGGGAAACACCCCUGAACGCAUGGGCAACUCUCUUGCUGAUCGUAUGGCGAAAUUUGCUGCUGCUUCUGGUGUCAUGUCUCCUGGUCUAGACUCUUCAUCAUGUAAUACAUCUUGUCUUGCUAGUAGUUUGAUCCCAGAUUUAGACCUUAUCUCUUUACAGGCUUCAGCUUCUCCAAAUGAUUCUGUCUUUUGGCAGCUACAAGAUGCUUAUGUCGCCUCUGAUGGCCUGUGGUACAGUCAAGAUGGCCGUCUUUGCCUUCCAUCACAUUGCCUUCCUUUCCUUGUGCGUGAAUUUCAUGGCGUAACACACCGUGCACGAAGGGGAGUAAAGGGGGACAUGAACAAACUUUUCUGUAUAGCUAAUCUAAACAGUUUGGUGGAUUCAAUUCUCGAGAGAUGCCUCAUCUGCGCACAGAACAAUCACUCCAAAGCAGUCGCGAAACACGAGUGUUUACCCAUACCGACAUCUCCAUUCUCAGAAUGGCAAAUUGACUUCACACACAUGCCUCCCUGUGGGCCGUUUAAAUAUCUCUUGGUGAUUGUGGACAAAUUUUCUAAAUGGGUAGAAGCCUUUCCGUGUUCUAGAGAGAAUGCAAAGGUAGUGACUCGGACGUUGGCAAAAGAAAUAAUACCUCGUUAUGGGGUUCCAGAUGCCAUAGACUCAGACAAAGGUACCCCUUUCGCCUCAAAGGUCACACAAGAUCUGUGUAAGUAUCUUUCACUAAACUGGCGCUUUCACAUUCCAUACCAUCCUCAAUCUUCUGGUAUCGUAGAGCGUACUAAUCGAACAUUGAAAGACAAACUAACUAAGGCUAUGCAGACCACGGGUUCCAGAAAUUGGGUAGACCUAUUGCCAGCCACACUGGCCGAAAUUCGCAUGACAUCUAAGCCUAGUCUCGGCGGCUACUCCCCCUACGAGAUCAUUUUUGGGCGACCGUUCCCUGUCCCCUGGAGAAAAGGGACUCCGGCUCUGGGUACCUCUGAUUUGAAGACACAUAUGGAUGAGUAUUCUGCAGCCCUUAUCGAUAAAUUGCAUGAAAUUUGUAAUAAGGUCAAUAGUACAAUAUCACUUCCACCAUCGGCAAACACACACCCCUUCCAAGUGGGAGAUAAGGUGCUGGUGCAAUUUUUUAAACGAUUUGGACAAUUGGGAAAACCUCGAUAUAGUGAGCCUGCAGAAAUAGUCGCCAUUACUCGUACUGCUGUUUUAACUGACCUUUUUCCACAGUGGAUUCAUGCCACCCGACUGAAGAAGGCUCCGUAAUAAAGUUGUGUUACAAUCAGUUGCUAUUAACGCUUUUGUGUCCCUAUCUAGUCUCUUUCUCUCUCUCUCUCUUUC